AUGACAUAUUUCAUAGGGAUGAAGUUUAUGUACUCUGAGAAAGGUAUCAUUUUGCAUCAACUGAAAUAUGAACUUGAGCUUCUGAAGAGAUUCGAGCUACUAAAUUGUAAGGUUGUUGUCACACCUAUAGAAAAAAAUUACAAAUUGGAUUCUGAUUCUGAAGGUGAUGAUUUAGAUGCCACAACCUUUAAGCACUUGAUUGUCUCUCUAUGGUAUUUGUGUAAUACCAGACCUGACAUUUUAUAUGCAAUUGGAAUAGUUGGUAGGUUCAUGAGUAAGCCGAAGUGGUAUCAUUACCAAGUUGCUGUCAGGAUUCAGAGGUGUUCUGGAUGCAUGUCAGACUGUUUGGCUUUUGAAUUUACUGCAGGAUCUAAAGAUUAA